UUUGACAAUUGACGUUGACAUUUGUUUUGCUUGCGCGACGAACACCGACUGCAGGAAAGCAAUAAUAAUAAUCGAAAGCGAAAUUAACAAAAACUCCUUAAACCCGUUACAAUUUGUGAUGUGAGGCCCCGGGAGCGGUAGACGCAUAAACCAUGGGAAUCAGAAUCAUCGAUAUCAUUGCAACGAUACUAGUGAAUUUCGUACAUUGCGUGUUCACGGAGCAUAUCCUGUCCUGCAACGUGACCCAGCUGGGUUCUUGCCCGGGCAACUACCAUGUUUGCAACGAAACGUCGCUCCAGUGCUAUUGUUUGGAGGACUAUAUCCAAUAUGGAAACGGUUGCAUCGCUAAGUCGGAAGCGUAUAAUACGGAUCACGACGCCACGGCCGCUGUCGUGUCGAUAUUCACUAUAGCCCUCGUGGUAGUCGGGCUAGUGCUAGUCAUAAGGAAAUACAACUUGAUUGACUAUGUUCGCCACAAGAUCAAUCAGAGGCGAAAUAACGAUGUCAUGUAUGAAGAUGUGAUGAUCGGGCAGGACGAUCCUCCUCUUGUUCCAUAGUAGUCUUAUCUAGGGGUGGGGCAAAAUCCAUUUUCCUCGCAUGCAUAUUAAGUGUCAAAAUCUGUUUGUAUGCAAAUUAUAUUUUCUUGAGAGAAUUACAUAACUGCAAAUAUAAUUAGUACUAUUGGAAACCCUAAAAUAUGUCUUUCUAUUUCUUUGUGACUUUAACACAAUUUGAUAAAAAGCUAGCUUGUGUCCUGGGGGACAUAAGGUACUAUUUAUUUUAGAAAAAUAAACUGUUUGUGGAAUUUAAAAACCAUUCAAUGCAAUUUGGGCACACAAAGAGUUUUAUACCAUCAUACAUGAUUUACUUUUAAUUUACAUAGUGGGCAUUAUGAAAUUUUGACAGACAGAUGGACCGACAGACAGGCGAGGCUAGUAAUUGGGUCCUGUUUGCAUAUUUUUGGUAUAGGAUUGGCACCUUAAAAACAAACUUUAGAGACAAAAUCGGAGGCAACAAUUAGCUAGCAAAUAUAUCUUGAUACUUAAAUUAUGUGUUAAUAAUGGAUUUUGUCCACAGGGACUGUAAUAAUUAUAUUGACAUAGUAAAUUAUGUUUGUUAGUUGCUUACAUUGUAUUGAACUAUUGAUAGGCAAACUUAUUUACUCAGACAGAUUUCUUGUUUUGAACAGUUGUUAUGAAUACAAUGAUUCUAUUCUACUAAUUCUAUACCUAAAAUUUGAAUUUGUUUUAGUUUUCUGUAUUUUGUAAGUAACCAUUGUUCAUGUCAGUGUAAAAAGAAAAUGAUAUUAUACUAUAUUGCUUGAUUUUUUUUUUGAAAUUUUCAUUACUUUGGGACAAUACAAAAUGGACCAAUAAUGCUUUGUAUAUUAACUAGUAAGUGAAUAGUUAUUCCUAAUUUCUUUCUUUUUGACAUCAAUAUAAUUUGACUUUCGAAGAAGACAAAGCAUUGUUCAACUAAACUAUUACACAAUGUUAAUUAGUAAGGGUGUAAAAAUAUUUAAUUCUAAAGCUGUCUAAAUACCUAGCAAUUUAAAAUGCUAUAAAUAAAGAUACAUGGGUUUCCUUGGAUAAAUUAUAAACCUAUGUCUAUAAUUCCAAUGUCUGGUAGAUCAUAGGUUAAAAUUUAAAUAAAAAAAAUUAAGUGGUCAUAAAGAUUUCUCUUUUAUAUUUUUAAUCAUAAGUGAGUAAAUAUUCUAAUUAUUAUAUUUUGCUAAUAUGUGUUUAGUUUUCUUUGCCAAUUUUAUACUUAGUUAUAGGUGAUAAAUUUAGAUUUUGCUUUGUUCGCUCAAUGUCACCAAAGACUGAAUUGUGGUUACAAAAUUGUAAUUUUGUUAUUUUUAGCAGUUUGUUGCACUAACCACCGGGUGAGAUCACAGGCAAGGUUCAUCAUCGAAACAAAAACUUCAAAAUUAUUUGCUAUCUAUUAGUUAUGUACUAACAAAGGUUUUUCGACUAACUUACCAUGACUUCAAUAGUACCUCCUUGGAUAAAUAUGUCAAUUACAUAAUUGUUUUCCAAGCCAGUUACCUAUGUUUUUAAAUAAAUGAAGACGAUACGCGACCACGACGCGCGGAUACGCGACCACGACGCGCGACGGCGACACUACACUAAGUGUGAGAUCUAUAGAGUACAUUUUGAGUUAGCUCAGGUCUAAAAUAGAAUUAAAACAAGAUAGAUUUAUAUCUGUACAUAGAUGUUUCGUUUUAACUCUAACUUAAGUCUGAGCAAACUCAAAGUGCACUUCAUAGAUCUCAACCCAAGUGUCGCGAGAUUGAACUUCAAUAGCCUCGAUAGCUCAAUGGUUGAGGAGCGGACCGAAUUCCGAAAGGUCAGAGGUUCAAACCCCACCCGUUGCACUAUUGUCGUACCCACUCCUGGAACAAGCUUUACGCUUAAUUGGAGGGGAAAGGGGAGUCAUGAUUAUCAUGGCUACUAUUCUUUUUUUUUUUUAAAGUGUCACAUGUUGUGGUCGCUUACCUCAAAUGCUCUCCAUACAUUUCUAUAUAAACAGUUGGCAAUGGUCACCUCCUUAAUGUCUAGUUUCGCAGUCGCGGCCUCUAGCAUGUAGCAAAU